AUGAGUCAACAGACAACAGUUGUUCCAAAUGAUGGAUUUCAAUCAGCACCUACCCUACUACUUUAUCCUUCCUCCUCGGCCGGUUCUUUCUAUACGGCUGGUCCAUCUCCAGAAGAUGGCGAAAAUAGCUUUGAUUCAAGUAAUGAAAACCAUACAUUUGCAUUUAUAGGAAGUACACCUUCAACAGUUCUUUUUAUCCUAGCCUUGGCUGUAGGGGUAUUUAUUGCUUUACUAUUUGUUUAUUUUACCUUGAGGUGUUUUGUUAGGUCUAAAUAUGGUAUAGUGGGUGUUCCCAUAAGUGGUGGUGGUAGCGGUAAUGGCGGCGGAGCACGCAGAGGAAGAUUAGGAAUAUUUUAUGGAUACCCAAGAGCGCCUUUUUUGUUUACUGGAAGGUCAGAAGGAGAACAAAGAGGUGGUGGUGGUGAUACAUUUGCUCAUGUUUUCUCAAAUACCGAGAUUGAAGAACAAUUAAACUAUAUUCGAGAUCAUCGUGACCUACGAGCUGACAUUAUCGAACAAAGGUUAGCUAAUCCUUCCCAACUGGGUAAUAUUACAGGUUCGGAAUAUAGGAGACGGAGAAGAAGAACGGUAAGAGGUAGAGGACGAAGAAAUAGAAGGUUCAGCAAAAUGAAGAAAUUGACCAUGGAGGAAGUUGAAAAAUUAUUUCCUAAAAAGAGCUACUAUGAUUGGUUAAAUGGAGGGAAGGAAAGAGAUGUUAGGAACAGAGAAGGCAAGAUCAAGGAAGAACCUGAUUAUGACGAAAAAGACGAAGAUCUCGUUGUGAAUCUUGGAGUUACUGAUGAAGGUGAGUCAGUAAAUACUUUAUAUACUACAAGAGAAGAAACAGAUGCGCAACUGAACAAAGAGAUAGAAAUGAAGAGUCUAGGCGGUACUGUUACCUGUACUGACAUAGAGCAUGAUUUAGCAGACGAAGGCACAACAGCACAAUCGACCAUAAUUGGGAAAUCAUUUAAAAACGGGUCUGGAACUCAACAGCAUGAUAAUUACGACAACAACAACAACAACAAUAAUAAUAAUGAUGAUGAUGAUGAUGACGAAAAAGAGGCGCGCAGUAUACACUAUGAUUCUGGUGCUUGUGCCAUUUGUUUAGAAACAAUUGAUGAGGAUGAGAUGGUCCGUGGAUUGAUUUGCGGCCAUGUUUUUCAUGCAACAUGCAUAGAUCCAUGGGUUACAAGAAGACGUGCUUGCUGUCCCAUGUGUAAGAGAGAUUAUUUAUUUAAAAGAGAUUACCAUCAGGAUGGUGAAUCAAACAAUGAUGGAGAUGUCUCUGCGCUUUCGGGAACGUACAACAACAAUAGAAGAGAAGGAAGAGGAGCAAGAGAAGAAGAAGAGGAUAAUAAUGAAGACGACGACGAUGAUAACUAUAGCAUCGACCUUGAUGAAAUUCGCACCAAUCCUUCACUUCAAGCAAUGUUACAAGAACUAGUGCCUAUUUCAGAAAGAGUUCGCAUUACCUUGAAUGAUCCAAGGUACGCGAAUCUAAAUUUAGAGGAAAGAGCCCAUGAUAUGGCUAACAAGAAGUAUGGUAGGUUUUUCAAAAUUAUUUGGUGGAAAUUAGUGGGCAUUACCAAAAACGAUUUGUUUAAUUGGGCGGUCUUGUUCAUUGCAAAAUCUUAUAGAGAAGAAGAAGCAAGAGCAGCGGCAGCAACGGCAGCAGCGGCAGCGGUAGCAGCAGCUAGUGCUGAUGCUACCACUAUUAUGCCUAAUACAAGCGAGGAAAUAGGACCAGAUCCUAUAGAUGUUCUUUUGUUGUCGCUGCCAGUAUCAUCUAACGCAGAAAAUAUACAAGAGAGACUUCAAGAAAGGAUUCAAUCCAACAGCGUUACUUUCUCAAGAGAAAUUAUCGAGAACAGAGUCUGA